GCCGGGGGUACCACGGCGGGGUGGUAAGUUGUGAAGUGGUCUGCCCCUCUCGCCUCUCUCAGUUCCUCCCUCCCUACGAUAAAACACAACUGGGGCUUGAAGAGCGUCUGUCGGUCGUCCAGCGGCGCUAUAAAUAGUGAGGCAUCAUGGGAAACACGAGUGACAGGGUGUCUGCCGACCGCCACGGGGGCAAGGCCCACCGCUCGGACAGCAGCGGCAGCGCCAAAGAUCACGAGCCCAGCAGUAAGAUGGUCGACAGCACAGACGACCCCAACAUCUUCAACACGCACGGACCCGAGUCCAAGACGUCAGGAGAGAAAGAGUUCACCCCGGAUCUGGACGAUCUGGUUAAAACCGGACCUCAGGCUCGUCCCACUGUGAUCCGCUGGGCCGGAGGGGGGAAGGAGGUCUACAUAGCAGGUUCCUUCAACAACUGGAGCACCAAGAUACCGCUGAACAAGAGCCAUAAUGACUUCGUCGCCAUUCUGGACCUGCCGGAGGGAGAGCACCAGUACAAGUUCUUCGUGGACGGGCAGUGGGUUCACGACCCCUCAGAGCCGGUGGUAACCAGCCAGCUCGGCACCAUCAACAACCUGAUCCGGGUGAAGAAGUCGGACUUCGAGGUGUUUGACGCGCUGCAGGUCGACUCUCUGGAGUGUUCGGACACAUCAGACCUGUCCAGCUCGCCUCCCGGUCCGUACGGUCAGGAGCAGUACAUGUUCCGACCCGAGGAGCACUUCAAAGCCCCGCCCAUCCUCCCUCCUCACCUGCUUCAAGUCAUUCUCAACAAGGACACCAACAUAUCCUGUGACCCCACCCUGCUGCCUGAACCCAACCACGUCAUGCUGAACCACCUCUAUGCUCUCUCAAUCAAGGAUGGAGUGAUGGUGCUGAGCGCGACACACCGAUACAAGAAGAAAUACGUCACCUCUCUGCUUUACAAACCGAUCUAAGCCUCAGCCCGGCACCACGUUCCUGCCCUCUGAGUGUGUGUGUGUACGUGUGUGUGUUGGGACACAUUUAGCACUGAAACCCGUUUACAGCCGGGCUGCAGGCCGGUCGGGGGCUGCUGAGCAGAGGGCGUCGGAGAGAAGAACCACGUGGCUUUUACAGAAGAGAGAGACGCACUGAAGCGCUGCGUGCGUUGGAGUGUUUGCUUCACUUUGUGCCGACGUGCGUUCGUGUGUCAAAAGAUGUUUCUCUUCAAAAAGACGGCCUGCGAGCACGGGGGGGGGGGGGGGCUUUUCCUUUAGAAGCAAAGGUGUGCAUGCGUGUGGAGAUUUGUGUUACAUGUACAGUGUGUGUGUGUGUAUGUCUAUUAGGACCUGUAAAUGUCUCUGUCUUCACCUCCUGAUUUCUUUUUGCCGUCAAGGUUGACUUGAAGGCUCACUGUGUUUCACCUUUUCAUUUUCUGCACCGUUUUCUCAUUUGCAUUGUGUUUAAUGAAGCAUAAAGGGCGAGCGGUGUGUGUGAGGAUGGAGACAUUUAACCGAUCCUUGUCUGCACACAGAACCCCGAUAACAUUACACACUCUCCAACGAGUUUAUCUCACAAAGCCCUACAGAAACACACUCUCGACUCUGCGUGUCGUCACCAUCGUGCUCUCUGCUCUUUUCUAUUUGUGGCCUCUCGUCAGUGUUUGAGGUGCCGGAGCAGCACCAGACUUUGCUUGAACUUUAAAGUGCAAUAAAUAAUCUGCUGUAAAGAAGAAGAAAAAAAAGGUACUAAAUCUGAAGUGUUUUAGAUCCAGAAAUAUAACGGCACAUGUUUAGGAAAAAUUAUAUUCACAGUAUGUGUUCCCUGGAUCUAGAUUCCACGAGAAGCGCAGUGUUUCGCUCUGCCAUUGCCUUCGUCUGGACGCCAGUUUGCAGCACUUUACGGCCGCGCAAGGAAACCUUUGUGUCUGUUGUGUGUAUUUAUUAAACAGGAAUGUACUGUAUGUCUGUUGCCGUGAUGCCUGUUCGUGUCGGUUCGCUUUUCAGGAGGUUGUGGACACUCAGGUUCAUCGACAGGGCUACGAAGACACACGCCACGCAUUGGAAUACUGUACAGUUUGCUCACGUGUUAAGAAAAAAAAACAAAAAACAAAGGAAGAAGCAUUUAAAUUAUGUGUAUUUUCCGGUGUGGUGGCUUUAACGGAUUACC